UCUCGUCAGACCCCGGAGGGAGAGUUCCUACCCCUGGACCAGUGUGAGCUGGAUGUGGGUUUUGGGACGGGUGCGGACCAGCUCUUCCUAGUGUCACCUCUCACCAUCUGCCACGAGAUCAAUCCUAAGAGCCCUUUCUUUGACCUGUCCCAGCGCUCCCUCAUGAACGAGCAGUUUGAGAUCGUUGUCAUCCUGGAGGGCAUUGUGGAGACCACAGGUGAAGAACUACUACCCUCUCUCCUCCUGUUAACCCUUUACUCUCUUCUUCCUACCCUUCUCUCCUCCUUUUUAAUUGAUUAUUCUUUCACUACCCUUUCCCCUCCUUUUAACCCCUUACUCUCUUCUUCAAAGGCCCAAUGCAGCCGUUUUUAUGUCAAUAUCAAAUCAUUUCUGGGUAACAAUUAAGUACCUUACUGUAAAAGGUUUCCAUUAAAAUUGGCAAAAAUAGUUUUGGGCCAAAAAACUAUUUCUCAAACAAGUUUCACGAUGGAAAGCCAAAACUCCCGCCCAUGCAAAACCCUGUAAGAAUCUAACAGAUCUUAAUAAGCGUUCAGUGGUAAACAGAGCGAACAGUGGAGAGGUGGACGUUGGGUAUUGAGGACAGCACCAGGGAAUGGCUUCCUGAUUGAAUUAUGAGGGACAUUUUAAUACCGCAGGAUGGUUUUUAUCCCUACCCCAUGUAAAAUAGAUACGGUCAUAGAUGUGAAUGUUAGAUAACUAAGCUGGGGGUUCAGCUGAAGUUUUACUCUAUUUCUCACUGGGCAGAAUGCAGGGUUAAUUCUGAAACUGUAAGAGACGUUGAACACAACAGCUGUACUGAACUACAGGCAGGCUGCAGGUGUGCUGGGUCGCCUACGGCAACAAAAGUGUUUUUCUGUCUUCUACAUCGAACAAUACGAUUCCUCAUUCUAAUACUCAUACAUAAAUUACAUUCACCUGCAUCAACCUAUUCCUUGACUACCCCCGCACUGCCUCAUAACCACGCACUGUCCCCCCCUCACCCUUCGUCUCCUUCCUCACAGCCUUCCAUUUCCAUCUCCCACUUCUUCCCUGUUUUUUCUCUUUUUUUUUUUUCUUUUGUUUUUUAUGUAUGUAUUUCUCUGCUCCCUUAAUCUUUUUCCUUUCAUUACUCUCAUUGUUCUUCUCCCCCUCCUCCCUCUUUCUCGUUGUCCUGGGCAGAAAAGAAGAAGAAAGAAGAGAGAAGCAUGAAGCCUGAAUAGGGAGGAGGGAGGGAUGGGCAGGCAGGCAGCACGGUCGUGCUCUGUUGGAGGAAGGAAGAAGGAAGAGGAAAAAAAGGGAUGAGGACGGAGAGUAGAGAAGAGAGAGAGAGCGACGAGCGAGCGAGAUGAGAGAGGAGAUGAGCUGAGAGAGAUGAGAGAUAGAUGAUAUAUCGGAUCUCGCUAUCUCUAUCUAUCUAGGAUAUAUGAUAUCUCUCUAUCUCUCUUCUCUCUCUCUCUCUCUCUCUCUCUCUCUCUCUCUCUCUCUCUCUCUCUCUCAGCAGCACUGUGGUUCUCUGAGCUGAGAAGCAGGGGGCUGAGGAGGGGUUCUGCUCUGUAUGAAUGAGGUGGCCUUGGAGUCACCUGUGUGGUCCUGUGCACAGUGUACAGACAUCCCUUACUCCCCAGAGAAAGAUAUCCAUAUCAUCCACUGAGAGACAGACAGAGCAUUGUCCUGCCAUUUGAGAAACCUUCUGUCACCAACUGAUAGCCUUUGCAUCUUUCUGGUAUCUGAUUAGAUGAUUAUGGGGUCUCUCUACUACCACACUAUGAUUGUGCAUCAGCUCCUGUUCCACUAGAGAUGUGUGGUAUGUAGGCCUAGUUGUCACAGCUUUCUGACAGGUGUGUGUGUGUGCUAGAUGAAGAGAGCCAGUAGUAGGAUUGAAAAAGAGGCUAGGAGAAGAAAAGUCAUUGUAUUAUGGAAAUGCACCAUUUGAGUAGUGCCAGUGGAGGCUUUACAUAAAGCUCUCUUCAGGGACGCGUCUCUCUCUCUGUCCACCAGCUGUUUGCUCACUUGCUCAACUGCUUUGAUUUUCAUUCAAGACCCACAAAACAUAACAGACUGUCAGUGUGCCUCAGGACACUUGGAUGAUGAUGGGGCAAACUGGCAGGAACGUUGGGCUCUGACGCCACAUAAUUUCCUCCUGCAACUGUAUACCUUCCCAGUCAUGUAUCCACCAUCAAUGGGCAAAUUAUAGAUAAUUAUCACCAAAUUCUAUAUGCAGGAAUAGAAAAAAACUUGAAUUAAUUUCAGCUUAGGGUUGAGGAUAGUCAAGGGUUUUGGUAAAACCUUAGGCUUAGGUUGUAAUAACCCCUUGGUAGUGAUAUUACUGUGUCAGUCAAACGUCAGGGAAAGGAUCAAUUUCUCUUUCUGCAGUCAGCCAGCUCUGUUUAACAGAGCAAUACAGGACUUAUUGAUCGGUGAGGGCUCUCGAUACAGAUAUCAUUGUCAAGGAAAUAAUUUUACAAGAGCUGAGGUCAAAAAACCUGGCCUGUCAAAUUAAAUAAAAUAAAAAAUAAAAUACAAUUUUAUUUGUCACAUGCUUCGUAGACAACAGAUGUAGACUAACAGUGAAAUGCUUACUUACGGGUCCUUUUCCAACGAUGCAGAGUUAAAGAUAAAAUCAAAAUAAUACACAGUGGAUAAUGAAUAAAAAUAACGAGUAAAAAUAACAUGGCUAUAUAUAGGGAGUAGAAAAUAACAUGGUUAUAUAUAGGGAGUAGAAAAUAACAUGGUUAUAUAUAGGGAGUAGAAUAUAACAUGGCUAUAUACAGGGAGUAGAAUAUAACAUGGCUAUAUAUAGGAAGUAGAAUAUAACAUGGCUAUAUAUAGGAAGUAGAAUAUAACAUGGCUAUAUACAGGGAGUAGAAUAUAACAUGGCUAUAUAUAGGAAGUAGAAUAUAACAUGGCUAUAUAUAGGAAGUAGAAAAUAACAUGGCUAUAUGUAGGGAGUAGAAAAUAACAUGGCUAUAUGUAGGGAGUAGAAAAUAAAAUAGCUAUAUACAGGGAGUAGAAAAUAACAUGGCUAUAUACAGGGAGUAGAAAAUAACAUGGCUAUAUACAGGGAGUAGAAAAUAACAUGGCUAUAUACAGGGAGUAGAAAAUAACAUGGCUAUAUACAGGGAGUAGAAAAUAACAUGGCUAUAUACAGGGAGUAGAAAAUAACAUGGCUAUAUACAGGGAGUACCAGUACUGAGUCGAUGUGCAGAGAGAGGUACAAGGUAAUUGAGGUAGCUAUGUACUGUACACAUAGGUAGGGGUAAAGUGACUAGGCAACAGGAUAGAUAAUAGACAGUAGCAGCAGCGUAUAUGGUGAGUAUGAAAGUGUGUGCGUGUGGCGUCAGUGUGUGUGUGUGUGUGUGUGUGUGUGUGUGUGUGUGUGUGUGUGUGUUUGGAGUGUCAGUGUAAGUAUGUGUGAGUGUGUGGGUAGAGUCAGUGCAAAAUAGUUUGUGCAAAAAAGGGUCAAUGCAGGUAGCCAUUUGAUUAGCUAUUUAGCAGUCUUGUUUAGAAGUCUUAUGGCUUAGGGGUAAAAGCUGUUCAGAGUCCUGUUGGUUCCAGACUUGGUGCAUUGGUACCGCUUGCCGCGCGGUAGCAGAGAGAACAGUCUGUGGCUUGGGUGGCUGGAGUCUUUGACAAUUCUUUGGGCCUUCCUCUGACACCGCCUGGUAUAAAGGUCCUGGAUGGCAGGGAGCUUGGCCCCAGUAUACACUACCAUCUGUAGCGCCUUACGGUCGGAUGCCAAGCAGUUGCCAUACCAAGCGGUGGUGCAGCUGUGUAACUUUUUGAGGAUCUGAGGGCCCAUACCAAAUCUUUUCAGCCUCCUGAAGGGGAAGAGGCAUUGUCGUGCCCUCUUCACGACUGUGUUUGGACCAUGAUAGAUCCUUUAGUGAUGUGGACACAGAGGAACUUGAAGCUCUCAACCUGCUCCACCACAGCCCUGUCGAUGUGAAUAGGGGCGUGCUCGGCCCUCUGUUUCCUGUAGUCCACAAUCAGCUAAUUUGUCUUACUGAUGUUGAGGGAGAGGUUGUUGUCCUGGCACCACACUGCCAAGUCUCUGACCUCCUCCCUAUAGGCUGUCUCAUCGUCAUCAGUGAUCAGAACUACCACCGUCGUGUCGUCAGGCAAACGUAAUAAUGGUGUUGGAGUUGUGCACGGCCAUGCAUUCGUGGGAGAACAGGGAGUACAGGAGGGGACUAAGCAUGCACCCCUAAAGGGCCCCUGUGUUGCGGGUCAGCGUGGCGGAUGUGUUGUUGCCUACCCUCACCACCUUGGGGCGGCCCAUCAGGAAGUCCAGGAUCCAGUUGCAGAGGGAAGUGUUCAGGGAACUUAGGUGUUGAAUGCUGAGCUGUAGUCAAUGAACAGCAUUCUCAUGUAGGUGUUCCUUUUGUCCAAGUGGGAAAGGGCAGUGUGGAGUGCAGUAGAGAUUGCGCCAUCUGAGGAUCUGUUGGGACGGAUUGCGAAAUUGGAGUGGUGUCUGGGAUGAUGAUGUUGAUGUGAACCAUGACCAGCCUUUCAAAGCAUUUCAUGGCUACAGAUGUGAGUGCUACAGGGCGAUAGUCAUUUAGAGAGAUUACCUUGGCGUUCUUGGGCACAGGGACUAUGGUGAUCUGCUUGAAACAUGUAGGUCUUACAGACUGGGUCAGGGAGAGAUUGAAAAUGUCAGUAAAGACACUUGCCUGAUGGUCAGCACAUGCUCUGAGUAUGUGUCCUGGUAAUCCGUCAUGCCCUGCAGGCUUGUGAAUGUUAACCUCUUUAAAGGUCCUACUCACAUCGACUACGGUGAGUGUGAUCACACAGUUGUCUGGAAGAGCUGGUUCUCUCACGCAUGGUUCAGUUUUGCUUGCCUCGAAGCGAGCAUAGAAGGCAUUUAAUUUGUCUGGUCAUGUCACUGGGCAGCUCGUGGCUGAGUUUCCCAUUGUAAUCUUUGAUAGUUUGCAAGCCCUACCACAUCGAUUUGCCUGUCUGAUGGUUCGUCGGAGGGCGUAAUGGGAUUUCUUAUAAGCGUCCACUUGAAAGCGGCAGCUCUAGCCUUUAGCUCAGUGCGGAUGUUGCCUGUAAUCCAUGGCUUCUGGUUGGGAUAUGUACGUACGGUCACUGUUGGGACGAUGUCGCCAAUGCAUUUAUUAAUGAAGCACGCAGAGAAGGCUGUGCUUAGGAUGAUGCUCCGGUCAUUAUCUGACUGACUCCUAGAGACCUUUUCAAAUAGGACCAGGAUGUAAUGUAACCAACCACUGGUAUAGGGACCUUUUCAUAUAGGACUAUAGGACAUCAUGCAAACAGCAAUACCAGACUACCCUUUCCUCGGCUACAGGUGCUACAUGUUUUCCUUUUAUUGCUGCAUGGAUGCUGCAAUUCCUGCUACAAUGUUACUGCUCUUUACUUAGGAUUAUCAUAUUUUGUUUAUGGUAGACUAGAUUCAACUAAUUUCUAUGAAUAUGGCUAUUAGUGCCAUUGAUAGGAGUGAUGUGAUGAGAGUGCCCAAGGCUCCUGCAGCAUCAAGGUAUGGAUCUGGUAAAGGUGGUGUUAGGAGAUUCCUUAUUAGCCUGAGCAGAAAUAAACAACAGGUAAUUAUCACUAAAUACAUUUCAACACUGAUCAAAGGGAUGAGUAACCUUUGCCCUCUAGUGAUUGCCAUGGAUACAAAAGAACAGCUGUAGAAUCAGGUAGGAUGAGGUUUAUUUGAGACAGAGCUAGAUAUAGAAAUAUAUAUAUAUUUUUUAUCUAGCUAUGACUUGCAGCCAAUAUAUCCUUUAGUCUGCUGUUUCCAUCAAGCUCAUUUGAGCCAAUGGCCCCACACUCUGCAGAGGCAGAGGGACGUAAACAGUGAGUGCAAUAUCACAGUCUGUUUGUCUCAUGGACAGCCUCAGCCAAACCUAUAAGUGGAAACGGAUCGAUGAGUAACAGUGCUGUGGCCAUUUUUACGAUCCGUCAGAGGAACAUAGAUUUACGGGCGCAGCAGUAUUUAAAUCUCCCCUGUAUGGCUAGAGUGAGGGAGGUCUGUGCCAAAGCAGGUCUGUGUUGGGGAAAUUGCUUUUUUCUCAUGCUGUCAGACAGCAAUUCAAAGACUGAAUUGUUUCCACACGUGCUGAGAGUGGAAGAGAGGGAAAGAGAAGGGGGAUGGAGGGAGAGGAUGAGAUAAGCGGGAGGAGGUUGGUUUGCUACUUCAUUUUCUCCUUUCUCUCGCACCUUAUUGUUUGAUGGUAACUGAACUCCACAGUAUUUUCAUCAUAUUUAUUAAAAAUGACCGUUAUUACAGGGCUAUUUAACACCUGUGUUUGUGCUGCCUAGUCAACGCUAGAGGCUGAGUUUCACUCUUUCUCCCUGUCUCUCAGGUAUGACGUGUCAGGCGCGGACGUCCUACACUGAGGAUGAGGUGUUGUGGGGCCACCGCUUCCUGCCCGUCAUGUCUCUGGAGGAGGGAUUCUUCAGGGUGGACUACUCCCAGUUCCACAGCACUUUCGAGGUCAACACCCCACCCUACAGCGUCAAGGAGCACGAUGAGAAGUCCUCCCUGCCUUCACCCCUCUCCACCCCCACGCUGGGCGAGAGCCACGGUGCCGCCCGACGUGCCCGUGUCUUCUCUGUGGACUGCAUCAACACUACGGACCGGGAGGAGCGGGCGGGGCAGUCCAGGUUGCCCAGUAAGCUUCAGAGGAUGAGCUCAUCUGGGAAGGAGGACCUACAGAGGAAGGUUCUGAUGCUGAGCUCCCAGCACUCUGAGAAGGCCUGCAGUACUGGAGACCUGCCUCUCAAGCUGCAGCGUCUCAGCUCCUCCCCCGGCCCAGAGGCUGCAGCUCGGCUGCAGCUCAAGGCCUUGAAGGUGGGCUUUGAACCCAUGACCCAGUCCACUGGAGACCUGCAGCUGCCUCCCACACCAGCCCCUGUCCCCACUCGCAUCCACACCCCUCUGCCCUCAAGAGGGGGCCGACCAGAGGACAACCUGCCGGCCAAAUUACGCAGGAUGAAUGCUGACCGCUGA